UCUCCGGCACUCGCUGGGCCGUGUCUCUGCGCUGGUCUGCCUUCCUCUCGGCUGCGAUCGACCACGGGAAGCCGGUCAUGGACGGGAGACGAGCGGCUGGGUGACACCGUGCGACGAGUUUGCUCUUUGUCCACGCGGACUCGCGACUGCGCCUCGACUCGAUUGCUUCUCGGACUUGCUCGUUGGACCGAGCGAUAGCAGUGCCGCGACAGGAUGACGCCGAGGACCGGAGCAGCCUCUCUGCUGGCGCUGCUCGUGGCAGCGCUGCUGACGAGCCUGGCCGGGGCGCAGAGCGAGGAGGAGGCGCCGGCGAGCGAGUCGCAGCUACGGCUGGGCGACGAGUGCAACCGGGACCGCGAGUGCGAGUCGGCGAUCGUGCGCAGCCACUGCCACCUGGGCUACUGCGCCUGCCAGCCCUUCUUCGCCCAGUACAACGCCAGCCUGUGCCUCGCCUCGACGAUGCUGGGCAACGAGUGCCUCGUGGACGAGCAGUGCGCGCUCCGAGUGGCCAACAGUAGCUGUCACGAGGGCCUCUGCCGGUGCCAAGACGGACACCUUCAGUACCGCAGGCACACCUGUAUCGGACCGGCCAAGCUCGGCCAGGUCUGCUACAGCCACGCGCACUGCCGGCUCUGGGACAGCGACACGCACUGCGACUUCCUCAUCCCGGACCUGUUCGGACGCUGCCAGUGCACGGCGCCGAUGCGCCAGGACGGCGAGGUCUGCCGACCCGACCGGCUGGUGAGGCCGGCCGCGCCUACGAGCCCGCAGCCGGAGGAGCAGCGCCAGCAGUCGGGCGGUGAGGCCGCCGGGGCGCAGCGCGGCCCCGAGCGCGCGACGGCGGCGCCCCAGCAGGAGGACGACGCGGGGGUCCAGCUGUCGUGGCUGCGCAACGCCACGAUGCUGCUGUCGACGGUGCCGCCGACGCAGCUGAUGCCGACGAACCUCGUGACGAGGGCCUCGCUGCACGCGGAGCUGCAGCCGAACGAGCUGCCGGAGGACGACGCCAUCGUGGUGGAGGCCGCGGUCGGCGAGCUCGCGCAGCCCGGCGUCAGCCCCGGCACAGCGGCGAGCCCGCUGAAGACCGAGCGCCACGAGAGCGGCGCGCCCUCGCCGGUGUCGCUGGGCCUGGCCUGCCGCCGGGACGCCGAGUGCCGGCUGGCCGACCCGGAGUCGCGCUGCGCCGAGGGCGUCUGCGACUGCGUGCGGCGCGCCGGCAACGGCACCUGGUGCAGCGCCCGGCGCACCGGCUGCCUGCCCGGUAGCUUCCAGUGCCGCGCGAGCGGCGCCUGCAUCAGCUGGUUCUUCGUGUGCGACGGCAAGCCCGACUGCGCCGACGGCUCGGACGAGCAGUGCAGCCUCGGCCGGGCGCAGCCCGCCUGCCCGGCUCGGGCCUUCCGCUGCCGCAACAGCCCGCGCUGCGUGUCCCGGGCGGCGCUCUGCGACGGCGCGCGCGACUGCCCCGACGGCGAGGACGAGGCCGGCUGUGGCGACCGCAGGAAGUGCCCGGAGGGAGCGUUCCGCUGCAGCAACGGCCAGUGCCUGCCGGCCUACGAGUUCUGCAACGCGGUGGUCUCGUGCAGAGACGGCAGCGACGAGCCGCGGGCCGCCUGCCGCACGCGCAACCGCAGCCGGCUCUCGCCGCGCCACUGCCCCUUCAAGUGCGCCAACGGCCGCUGCCGCUCCGACGCCAUCACCUGCAGCGGCCGCGACGGCUGCGGCGACAACUCCGACGAGGCCAGCUGCCGCGUCUGCAGGUGCCCGGCCGCGCUCUGACGGACCUCCAGCCAGCCAGCCAGCCAGCCAGCCAGCCAGCCAGCCAGCCAGCCCCGCGGCCACAUCCACUCGAGCCGAUGACCAAAGAUCGCCGCGCUGCGGACAACGGCGACGCUCCAGCACCCAUCCUUCGCGGCGGCCUGCCGACUGUGCAGCCUGAACGACGAUUACCGAACACCGAGGACGCCCAAUCGGACUGACUGCCCCGGAUCGACGCGAUCCGCGCGACAACGUUUCUUGGCUUGCCUGCUUGCCUUCCGAGGUUCGCUCCGAUCGGACACUUUUGCGGGAUCUGCUCCCGCGGAGUUUCUCGAGCGUGCGGAUAAACUCCCCUCGACUUCGCUCCCUCCAGCAGUGUAGAGCAAAUUACGUAGACAGUAGACGCAUUCAUAGUUUCAUCGUAGCGCAGGUUCUCUGCGCACUUUUAGAUACGACUAUGCAAUAAUAAUAGACGACUAUAUAGCCCGAACACACACGGUCACAUUUGUAUAAUGUCGGAGCAGCGCACUAUCUCUGUAAAGAUGCAGCGAGUGCUGUAAUAUUUUUUAAUAAAAUGGAAUCAU